AUGGUCCGUCAGCUCCACGAUGGCAUAACAGCGGGAGUCACGAACGAUGGAUUUGUCUCAGAGGCAUUCGCAGUGAACAACGGAGGGAAGCAGGGCUGCGUCCCCGCGCCUGCCCUCAUCAGUCACAUAUUGUCUGCCAUGUCAAUGGACGCCUACCGUGACGAACUCCCCGACAUCGGCGUCGCCUACAGGGCGUAUGGAUCCCUCCUCAUUCAGCGGCGGAUGCAAGUCCAGUGGCUUGUAUCCACAACCAUCAUCCACGCACUCCUCUUCGCCGACGACUGCGCCCUCAACACUACCCUGGAGGGGAACAUGCAAAGAAGCAUGGACCUCUUCUCCGCUGCCUGCGACAACUUCGGCCUGAUUAUGAACACGGAGAAGAUGGUGGUCAUACACCAAACGCCACCCAACACAGACCCCCCCCCACAAUGUGCCGCAGAUCAGUGUGAACAAAACAGAACUGCAAGUGGUGGACAAUUUCACGUAUCUGAGCAACACCCUUUCCCACAGCACCAAAAUCGAUGA